CUGAGUCCGCUGCUUGCACUAUCUGGAUUUGAAAAGAGUAACUUUUACAACAAUGGGGGACAUCGAGACUCCCGACUCGCCUCGCCCGCAGCAGUCUGUCCUGCGCUUCAUUCUCCCGACCAAAGAGUUCAUAUUCUCUAGAAAAGGAAUGCUGCUUAUUGCUGAAGUGGUUCUGUCCUUCAUCACGUUUGUGUGCUUCGUGGCAUCCACAGCGGCAGAGCUUGUGACAGCACCUCUGCUUGAGUUCUUGGCCGCUUUCUUCGUGCUCUUCGCAUACUCCAGCAAGUUUAAUGAGAGAUUUAAAGGAUUCCACUGGCCCCUUAUGGAUUUCCUCAGAUGUGUGAUUUCCUCCAUCGUCUCUUUUAUCAUCUCCAUAUCUGCAGUGUCCAAAUACUCAGGCGGUUUCUCCAAGGCUGCUGGGGUGUUUGGGUUCCUUGCCACCAUCGUUUUUGCCUUAGAUUUUUACGUCAUUUUUAACGACCUGGCAGAUUUCCUCAAGCAAGGAGGCGAGACAAAUGAUGAAACAGUCAGGCAGCAAGAUUAUUGUACAGACUCUGAUUCAGACUGACCAGCUCACUAGAGGGAUCAUCACCAGUGGAUAUUUAUCACCAUACUGGAUAACCGAUGGCAUAAGAAAUGCACAGAGAGCCAUAGCCAAUCUGCCAUCAAUGAUCAAUGUCAUUCAUCAGCCACAGUGUACAGUACAGGUUCACUCAGAGGUCACACUGAUUAUUGAUUACUUUUUGGUUUAUCUGACAGUAAGAUUUAAAACUUUACGAAAAAAGAAGGAGUACAAUGGGAGGCAUAACAAAAAUUAUGAAAAAAAAGGGCUUUUGAGUGAACCACAGUGAUCUGCUUUGAACGAAGUACUUGUGUUGUACAUCCAAGGGAUGGAAAUAUAUUUCAAAUUUUAAUCAAGCCAAGACAUUCAGGAAAACACAUCUACAGGGAUGUGUGAGGGGUAUAUUCAUCCCCUCAGUCUUUCUGAUCACUGUAAAUAAUUUUAAAAUCCAGCCACAAAUAUUGAAAAAAUGACACAUUCACUCACUAUACAAUUUUCUCACACACGGCCAGCUUUCGAAAAGAUGUUAGCUGCCCUUUCAGGCUUAGCAUCCUUAUCCUGAUUCUGAAACUGUUAUGAAGCUGUGAAGAGUCUUUGGUCUCAUUUUAGUUUUUUUUCUGUUCACAAACUGAAAUGAUGCUUUGGUCUAAUUUUAAGGGCUUUGAUAUAUGUUUACAGCACCCACAAAUUUGUAGGAUCUACAUGGAGGAGCGUAUGAAUAAGGGCUAUUUCUGUAAUAAAGACUAUUAUUUUUUUUAUUCAUGGGGAUUUAUUAUGCCCUUACACUGAAAGUUCCACCAGCGCAAAACAGUUAUUUUAUUGAGCAAAUGUAUUGGAGACUGCAUAACUGGGUGCUUGCAUGGAAGAUAGGUAGAUACAGAUGUGGUUGCUCUUAAUGAAACAAAGUGUGUGGGUGGGGAGGGGGCAAAAUAUUUCUAAAUGUUUUAUUCAAAAACAACAAAAAACAAACAAACAAACAAACAAAAUAAUCUAUUUUAUGUUGACUGCAUGACUGAGCAGAUUGGCAGCAGGUUGGCUGGUUACACCCUCUGUCCAAUAUCCACUAUGCUUGCUGAAGAUGAAGCUUUACAGGAGUGUAUUUUUGUAAAUGCAAGAUCACACUGUUAUGAUGUGAUCACACAGUAGUAGGUACAGAUUCCCAGUGUGCCCCACCAAAUAAUUAACAUAACAAAUAACAGAGAACUGGGUCAACAGAGUUCAAGCAAGACACUCUACUGUUUACUAUCUGCACCCACAAUGUGUAUUGCAACCACUUUGGACAGUAUUAUUUAGUAAAAUGCUGAAUGUCAUAUAUGUGAAUCAGUGUGUUGUAUUGAAAAGCAUGUUUCUGUCAGUUUCUGCUUGUUGUCUCCAUACCAGCAGCUCUUGAUGUAGUUACUGAUCCUUUGUUCCCUCUGCUCACCUAAUGCCACUACUGAUUAAUUGGAAGCACUAGUGACUGUAUUUGUUAAUAUGCACUGCACUGCAUAUGUGACACGACUGCAUUAUGAAAGUAAAAUAGACUGAAUAUUAUACCAGAAAUGUUCGCAUCAGUAACCUCUAAUUUCCAUGUGGACUUUCUGUGGAGUAUUGGAGUUGAGAAAAUACUUCCAAUGUUGUUUCCAGCUAUUAUAAAUUGUGGCUAUGAUUUGAGGGUGCAGAUAAUUCACUAUGCAACUUCUGUGGACAUUUACAACAAGGGCUUAUGAUCAAAUUCUAUUAAGCACGGUGCAGCUAUGUAUAAAUGUGCAUGACCUUGAUGUGAAAAAGCUCCCACAUCGAUGCCAGCUGCUGGCUUCAUGUGCACCCGCAAAUAGAAAAGGUCCUAUUAAUGAUUAUUUGUGUGGGAUGUUAGCUGUGCAUGGAAAUGAAGCUCAAGUGCACUCAAACUACACAAGCACUGUAUGUGCAUGUGUAUGCAUAUAUCUGCGCUUAAGUUACAAGUAGGCAUAUGUAGUCAUAGUAAUGUGCCUUGUAUAUACAAUUUAGAAAAUGUUUGCAAGAAAAGAGGCCCCUUGUUUUACUACUGUAGUUUAAAUAUAAAAAUUGUUUGACGAGAAUGAUGAAUUUGGGAAAACAUUUCAGGGAAGAACUGCUCAGUCCUUUGUACAAAUGUUUAAAUAAAAAUUAAACCGUUCUCUGUAAUGUCCAAAUCACUUUAUUUAAAUCAUCACUAUAAACUAUAUUGAUGUUAAAUCUAUAGAGGUUGUUUUAAAUA